UCCUAUAGAUCUGGGCGGAGGCGUUGUCAUGGUUCCCUUCAUGGCGUCUAAAUGCCUGGCAAAGUAAAGUUGACGGAGUUUCAUGUACGUGUGCUGAAAUGUGUGGGACUCGCAGGCCAUUAACACUGAGACUUUGGUGAAAUGGAGUAUGAUUGGCUUUCUUGAAGUCCCAGAGAAGACAAAUCAUGUCCGUCACGGGUUUCCCUUCACCGCCUGUGCAGCCAAGACCCUCAGGAAGAAGGGAGCUGCCCAGUCGAAGUUUGGUGCCACUGGUACAGAGCAGUACAGAGAAAUGUGGAGACCCUGGGCAAAGCCACCCUGGCACGAUAUCACAACAUAAAGACUACAUCCCAAGAGAAAUUCUGCAAAUUCUGACAUCUGCUAAUAGUGCUCCAGAGAAACUUGAUUUGGCACCACUCGCAAAAACCCGGAAAGAUGCAAAGGUGUGUCUUCGUCCUACUGAUAAUGCCUGGCACCACCAGCUCAGAAGGAGCAAGUUCAACCACUUGAUUGACCAGCCAGUCUGUCUUAAAGGAGCUGGGAGGGACAUCUCCUUCCUCUAUGAUGUUAUUCUUUCCGAUAAAAGAUCAGUUACAUCUUUGCAGCCCAUCAGCUGCAACAAUGACAUGCCUCAGGAAGGAGGUAUUCAGGGAAGUCUUGUGCCAGAAGAAUACUAUAUUGUCAAGAAUAAAGGUGUUUUGGGACUGGAAUAUCACGAGGACAAGUAUACAACCCUUCUAAGAGAUGACGAGAAAAAGCUACGUCUCUUCCCGUCCUUGAAACCCAGUGGAAGAUCAGAGGUUCUUCAGCUGAUGAAGGUGAUGGAUAGCAUGUUGAAGGAUGCAGGAGUAGAUGAACAAGACCUUAGACUGGAAGGCCCAACUCCGAUACAUAAUCUGCUGGAAUUGCUUAAAGCCGAGCAGAACAUAUACAACAUUGUGUUUCAUGAAGUUAUCCGUCAAGUCAGCGUGGAGUGCGUGGAGAGAGGGGAGCUGCUUGCUAAGCUCAGACAGCGCUAUGCAAUGCUGCUUGACAAAAUUCCACGUCAGGUGCUAAGCCUAUACAAUGACCUUCUGGCACAAAGAGCACUGGAUCGGUGCCUGACCGAGGAAAUCAUUCAUUUCAAGGACUCCAUUGAGGAUAUGACAAAUGAGCUGUACCAGGUAAGAGAGCAUGACCUGCGAGUGAGCAGAGAUGCUAACCAAGCACAUGCAGAAUUGGCUAAAGCUCUAAACGAGGCAAAGAAGAAUGCAAAUGUCCUAGAUGAAUACCGGGACCUGUAUGAAUUACAGAGAUCACGUCUGGAAAAGCAUCUUGUUCACCUAACUGAAGAGAGGGAUCUAUGGAGCUCUGCAACAUACAUGAUUGCAAAGAAGGUAAUUGAGAGGAACAAAUUACAUUUGGCUCAGAAGCUGUGUAUGUGUGAAAAGUCCUGGACAAAUGAUAUAAGGCAUUUUAUUGUGAUGUUGGCAUCAACAAGUGCAAAAGACCUGAUUCAAAUCCAGCAAAUAACAGAGAGCUGGAGAGUACAUAUGACACGUUUUGACCAGGAUGUGCAACGUAAUGAAGAGUCAAACCGGGAAAAAAUUUGGAUGAUCAGGAAUGACCUGGAUAAAUGGCAGCAGCAUUUCCAGGAUAAUGUCUUUGUAAAUGGGCGUUUUGAAGAAGUACAUGAAGACGUGAUUGAGUUAGUAUCACAGGACCUCAGGAAGUGGGACAGUAUGCUAAAUGAAGAACUUCAGCAGUUUGAGGGGUGUCAACUUCUGAGCUAUCAAGAAUCCCUCAACAUAGCCUUGGACAUUCAAAAGCAGUGGACUGAGCUGGGUGAGAAAGUCCUCAGAAGGCAUCAAAGUUCAGAUGGGGAUGUUACUCCCGAAGAAAAAGCCCUGGUAGAUAUGAAGGGGAAAAUACAGCAGCUCUGCGAGCAGUACAGAAGGAGAAUUGAGGGAGAAAAUGGUGUUGCAGAUUCUCUCAUGGCAUUUUCAAGUAGCUUAAAGGAAUGGACUUUGCAUGUGUCUGCACUUAAAGGCACUCUACAUGGAAUAAGAGAAUGUGAUUGGAGUCAGUUCUGGGAGUUAAUUUCUGAAUGGAACAACCUCACAUAUAAAAUCUUGGGGCUGAUAGGUAUUCAGGAAUUAAAUGAAGAAACUAGUUCAGAAACGUAUGAAAGAAUGGUGCUGGGAGAUGUAUUCAAAAAAUUGCAGCAAUGGGUACUUUCAAUGACAAGCGGAACAGAGAGGGAUGAUCAACAGCUCUCCAGUGAGGUAAAUGUGCUGCAUACAGCAAUGGUGCUUCUUAUGGUGAAUGUGCUGCUUCAUCUGACUCCUGAUUAUCCACCUGAUCUCUCUGAACUAAGUGUUGCUGCUCUGUCUUUGGAGGAAGAUUUUAGCCAAGUUACUGUAAAGAAAAUGCAAGAAGAUGCAGUCAGUUUGUCAGUAAAGUUGAAACAGUUCUCCUGCUUCAUUGUUGGCUGUUGCCAGGAAAUGGUGGAGGACAUUUCUAUUCACAAAACAGGACAUAUGGAUGAGGAUCCUGAUUAUGAGUUAAAGAAGUUAGAGACAAUUAAGAAUUCAUGCAAUGAGUGGAUUGAGACUUGCCAGCUGCUCCUCUCUGAAAUUACAAAUGAUUCAGACCUUACAAUGACAUCACAAGAUCUGGAUGGCAGAAGCUUUGAGGAGGUCAGGGUGCUUCAAAACAGAGGGAUAGAUUCAAAGAAUGGGACAGAGAUCGAAGAUAGUAUUUCAGAACAGACUGCAGAAGUAGAUCAUGUGGCCAAGCCUGAGGAAUGUAGCACAGAAUUGGGUGAAACUGCUCUGUCAUAUGAAAUCACUGAACAUGGAGACACCAAGAAUAUGUCUGUCAAAGAGCAAGAAAUCAUCCCUGAAAACCACAUCACCAGGAAAGACCCGGCCCCAGAUGAAUCGACUAUUAAUCAAGAAAUAAGAAUCAUCUGGCAUGAUGGUAACAUACAUAGAAAAUCACUGAAAGGAGAGGAUAUCCCUGUUUCCAUUGAGGGUUUUCUGACAGGUAGCAGGCCUGGGACUGCUAAAUCCAUCCAAGCCUUUGACUCCUUGAGGUCACUGGAGUAUUUGAAGCAGCGUCUGCUGGAGGCAGAGCUGAGAGCACAAAAGGCAGAUGAGAAGUCAGAGGCUCUGGAUGAGCAACUGAAAGCAGCUUUACUAAAGAUACAGGAACUGGAGAAAACCCCAAAAUCUUGUGAAAUAGAGGAAACUCCAAUUCACAUACAGACUACAGAAGAGGAACUUAGUACCUCGACUCAUCCCAAGAAGAAGAGACCAAAGUCUGUCAAAGGCAAAGUGCAAAAAUAAUGGCUGAAAAUAUGAUUUUAACUGUAGUCAUUUCAUUUGUUUGUUUGUUUUUUUUCCUCCAAUCUAUGUUAGGGUACUUGGUUUACUUUGGGUCAGCUUUCAUACUGGCAGUGGCUAGGAAAUGUUAAGCAGUUAAAGGUGUGUGUGUGUGUGUGUGUAUAUAUAUUUAUAUAUAUCUAUAUAUAUCUAUAUCUAUAUAUAUAUCUAUAUAUAUAUAUAUAUAUAUAUAGAUAUAUAUAUAUAUAUAUAUACUGUAUAUAUACACACACACACCCCCUUUUCAACAUGAGCUCUAUGGAUAGGUUGUGUGCUGACCAUACUUUUUGCCUGCUGUUUUAGAAAUAUCUGUGUUUUUUGUUAUUCUGGCACUAAACAAGCAAAUGGAACCUGUUUCACUAUAGUAGUUGUCACUUCCUAGUUCCGAGGAACCGAUAAAUAGCUGUUAAAACGAAUAAGCAGUCCACUAAGAAGCCCCUGAUAAUGAGUUGAGAGGGGAGGGGUUUGUUUAUUCAAUAGUAGAAAAGGAGCUAUAAACAAAUUACCCUGGUUAUAAAGGGAGGGUGUGCAGGAAGUUCAGUGAAAAAAAAAAUUCAAUUAGUGCUUUAUAAUGGCCAAAAAUAGAAAAAUAAGGACUGUUUAAAAUACUAGGCCCAAAUGCAUUUUAAACACAAGUCCUAUUUAUUGUACUCAUUUUUAGCAAAGUUAUUUUAGGUCUACAUAGUCCUUUUAAUUAAUCU